ACCUCGCGCCCGCCGCGAGGGUCUCCCCGCUGGGCUCGGGGCAGCAUUCCGCGCCAUGGGCGCUUGGCAGCGUUUGCUGCGUUUUGGUGGGGUGGUACUCCGCCCUGAUGGCGGGUCCACCUCCCCGCUUGGGAGAAGCCGAGCGUUGGUUUGUCGGCGCCAGUUAUCUGGUGCUGAGAGUGAGACACUAAAACAAAGAAGAACACAAAUCAUGUCCCGAGGACUUCCAAAGCAGAGACCAAUAGAAGGUGUUAAACAAGUUAUAGUUGUGGCUUCUGGAAAGGGUGGAGUUGGAAAAUCUACCACAGCAGUGAACCUUGCACUUGCACUAGCGGCAAAUGAUUCGUCAAAGGCCAUUGGUUUGUUAGAUGUGGAUGUGUAUGGCCCUUCAAUUCCAAAGAUGAUGAAUCUGAAAGGAAAUCCAGAAUUGUCACAGAGCAACCUAAUGAGGCCUCUUUUGAAUUAUGGUAUUGCUUGUAUGUCUAUGGGCUUCCUGAUUGAAGAGACUGCACCAGUUGUUUGGAGAGGCCUUAUGGUCAUGUCAGCCAUUGAGAAACUACUGAGGCAGGUAGAUUGGGGUCAACUGGACUAUUUAGUUGUUGAUAUGCCGCCAGGAACUGGAGAUGUGCAGUUAUCAGUCUCACAGAAUAUUCCCAUUUCAGGUGCUGUGAUUGUCUCCACACCCCAGGAUAUUGCACUGAUGGAUGCACACAAGGGUGCUGAGAUGUUUCGAAAAGUCCAUGUGCCUGUUCUUGGCCUUGUCCAAAACAUGAGUGUUUUCCAGUGUCCAAAAUGUAAACACAAAACUCAUAUUUUUGGUGCUGAUGGUGCAAGGAAACUAGCGCGGACCCUUGGUCUGGAUGUUCUAGGAGACAUUCCCUUACACCUUAAUAUAAGGGAAGCUUCAGAUACAGGCCAGCCAAUUGUGUUUUCUCAGCCUGAAAGUGAUGAGGCAAAAGCUUACCUGAGGAUUGCUGUAGAAGUGGUAAGAAGGUUGCCACCACCUCCAGAAUGAUUCCCCAAAUAUCCUGGAAAUCUGCCUGGUACUGAUAAUAAGAGGAUCUUUGGAAAUCAGCAGUGUGGUAGUGGGACCUACAGAAAUAGUAGCAAUCAUAAUUGCUUUCUUUUAUUUCUAAGGAAAUAAUGUCGUGUUUUAGAUUUGAUACACUAUGAUUCACAAAGUUUUAUGUUUCAAUGCUAACUGAGUAUGUUUAGGAAUUUUUUGAAAGCUGAUGUGUACCAACUAUGCAGAAUUGCAUUUUAUUUUUAUUGAAUUACUCCUUGAGGAAUCAUGAGUUCAUGAUGUUGCAAGCCCUGUUUGGACAGAACUGCACUUUUUUUGCAGGACCACAGAGUUAGUCAUUUAAAAGAUACUAAAUUCGUGUAUGGACAUAAAAGUGUGACACCUCCCCACCAUGCAGUUUUUUCUGGCUUUCAGUCCUGUCUUUAGUCCUAUCUUGGUCAUGUUCUUAAUAUGGAUGAACCUCUGCUUCUUCAUCUGUAUCAGACUGUACCCCAGACUUAAUGAACCUGAAUCUCCAGAGGUGGGGCCUGGACACGUAUGUUUUUAAUAAGAUGAUGAUGAUGAUGAUUUUAAUGGCAAAAAUAAUAAUAGCUAACUUUUAUCAAGUGGUUUCUAUGUGUCCCUAUAGCUAAUCUUCCAUUUGUAUGAGUGGGCUACUAUUGUUAUCUCCAUUUACAGAUGAGGAAACUAAGGCGUAAGAAAGUUAAAUGUCUUGCUGAGGAUUUCUUUAUCUAGGAAGUGAUGGAGCUGGGAUUUGAACUUGAGUAGUUGGAUACUAUAUUCCUCCUUUUAUACACUAGUGUGCAUUUGUUAAUUAUAAAAAGGGGAGGAUAUAGUAUUUAACAUUUCCUCAAACUUAUUUGCCUAUGAAAUCCACCCCCCUUUUUAAAAGCAUUUCAUGGAGUUCAUGUUUCAAAGAAUACACUUUGAAAAACAUGUAUCUUGUCUAAUUGAAGCUCAGAGAGAGAAUCAAGGACUUUGCAAGGUUAAGUAGUAGAUAGUUAUAAAGCUGCAAGUACUGAUAAGAGUGAGUCACUAGUUAAUUGUCAGUUAGAAGGAAGUAGUCUCUCACCUCUGACAAAUGCCUUGACAUCCUUUGCUCUAUAGUCAUCAGCCAAAACAUUAGGCAAAAAGUUGCACAUCAUUGUAAACGUAUUUUCACCAAAAACCUGUAAAUGGAUGUUUAUAGCAGCUUUAUGUGUAAUAACAAAAACAACUCAGAUUUUCUUCAAUGGGUAAAUGGUUAAACAAGCUGUGGUAUAUCCAUGCCAUGAAAUACUACUCAGUAAUAAAAAAGAAGAAACUAUGGAUACAUGCAAUGAGCUGAAUGAAUUCCAGAGAAUCAUGCUGAGUGAAAAAGCCAAUUUCAAAAGGCUGUGUACCAUAUGAUUCCAUUUAUAUGACAUUCUUGAGAUGACAAAAUUAUAGAAAUGGAGAACAGGUUAGUGGUAGCUGUGUUAAGAAAGGAGUGAGGAUGGGGGAGAAUUGGGUGUAGCUAUAAAAGCAACAUGAGGGAUCCUUUGAUAAAGGAAAUGUUCUAUAUCAUGACUUUCUUGAUGUCAGUAUCUUAGUUAUGAUAUUGUAUUAUAGUUUUGCAAGAUGUUACCAUUGGGGGAAAUUGGGUAAAGGGCACUUGGAAUCUCUCUGUAUUAUUUCUUACAACUGCAUGUAAAUCUACAAUUAAUUCAAAAUAAAAAUAAAAGUUUUAAAAACAUGUAUUGCUAUAUCUGAACUGAAAUUCUUGGUACAAAAUUACCUAUACUGAUUAAUAUCAUGAAUAAAAUUCUUUGUGGACACACAAUAAUCACUUAUCACUCUGAGAAGGAAGUAAUGGCCUACAGUUGCAGAUAUGUAUUUGUGUUUUUAUUAUUUAUUUAGUAGGGAGGAAAUAUAGAUGAUCACUGAGCACUUUUGAUAACAAAAAGCAAGUACUUCAACCAAACUUAACUUUAUCCAGAAAAAGAAUGAUUUAUAAGCUCCAGAGGUGCUUAAAGUUGUGUGCCAUAGUUUAAUACAUCUCAUGGGGAAAUGGAAAAAGAUAGUCUUUACUCAUAAUUACAUGACUUACAGAAGGAUCCACAUAUGUCAUUCCUUGUCCCCUUCUCCUUCAGUGCAGAUACUUCAAGGAAAGCUACUGGGGAAAAAAAUGGUUGGGGAAUACAUGCACAUUCAGAAGUAGAAGAAGGAAAAGUAGCUCUGAAAGCAAGAACUAAACUUAUUCUAAAAUUUUGCCUCUCAUAGUCUUUGUCAAGCUUCAAAGAGCUGGCUUCUAAGAUAGACUCCCAAGCACCGCUAUUGUUGCCUAUUGUUAAAGGGCAUUUAUUAAUAUUUAUUCUUCAUUCUUCACAUUUCAAUAGAGUGUAGAGAAUUUCUAUUCUACUAUCCAAGAGGGAAAGGUAAGCUCCCUCACUCACUCCAUUCCAGGAAAGGAGGAAUGGGAAAAUUUCUUCCUAAAACCCUCUGCACUUCUUUGAUUUCAGCCAAAUCCCAAGUUUUCUGAGGCAGGCUACAGGCAAACCUGAAGUUGUCUCUCUCUGCCUUGCACUUCAGGGGGGGAAGUCCAUCUAAUUUAGGGUUAGAGUGUUUAGUUGCCCAUUCUGGUCAUAUAUCCUUGAAUCCAGCCUUUGUUAGUAAUAAAGCUGAUAUUUUUGCCUUUAUCAGAAUUCUUUGUCUCUCAGUUCCAAACAGAGGAAGAAUCCCUACAUCCUGUACCCCGCUGCACUUCCAGGAAACCCAAAAUACCUUUAUGGAGUCCUAGAAAAUUAAAACUGAAGAAUAUAUUAGAAUUCAGAUAGUCCCUACAACUACACUUAAAGUAUGUCUAAUAAAAAGUAAGAUCAUCAAUGACCAAAAGCUUUUUUAAGGGGAAAGGUUACUGUGAAGUAUAAUAAAUACACAGGAAAGCACAGAAGACAUAAAUGUGCAGCUUAAUUAUUCACAAAGUAUAUACCCGUGUAACUAUUAACCAAGUUAACAAGUAGAACACUGUCAGGAUCCUAAAAGCCCCAGUAUUUUCCUUUCCAAUCACUAACCCCUCCUUCCCUACAAGUUACCCAUAUACUGAUGUUUAAACACUUAAACUUGUGUCCUUAAACACUACAGUUUUGCCUGUUUUUUGAAGUUCAUCUUAAAUGGAAUUGUAUUUUUUUGUUCUAUAUUCCUUUUAUAAUAUUUUGCUCUAUAUUGACUGCUUUUGCUUUAUAUUAUGUUUUUGAGAUCUAUGUCUAUUGUUGCUUUUAGCUGUGAUGUGUUCAUGUUCUUUGCUGUAGAAUAUUCCAUUGUUUGGAUAUAUACAACUUAUCCAUUCUGUAGGCAGACUUUUGGAUUGAUUCCAAUGUUUUGCUAUUACAAAUAAUGCUGCUUUAAACAUUUCUGUACAUAUUUUCUUGGUGUUCAUGCAUUUGAAUUUCUGUUCAGUUAUUUCUAGGAGUAGAUUUACUGGUAGUAGUUUAGUGAUAUCUCAUUGUGUAUCUUAUUUUAACUUGCAUUUUCCUGAUUGUAAAUGAGGUUGAGCACUGUUACAUAUAUUUAUUGGCCAACUGGCUAUCCUCUUUUGUCAAAUCUCUUGCCCCUUUUUCUUUUAUAUUGUUGGAAUGCUUUAUAUAUUCUUGAUAAGAAUCUUUCCUCAGUACUAUGUGUUGCAGAUAUCUUUUUCCACUCUGUAGCCUGCCUUUCCUUCUCUGAAUGGUAUCUUUUGAUAAACAGAAGUUCUUAAUUUUAGUGUUUCAAGUUCACCAUACUUUUCCUUUAUUAUUAUUGAUUUUGUGCCAUACUCUGAAGUCAUGAAGAUAUAUUUCUGGAGGUAUAAUUGUUUUGCCUUUUACCUUUAGUUCUGUGAUCCACCUGGAAUUGGUUUUGGUUUUGGUUUUGAUUUUGGUUUUUAAGUGAGAUAAGCUUUAAGUUUGUUUGUUUUUUCGUUUUUGUAUAUCUAAUUGGCCCAGUAACUUUGGGACUCUCUUUUCUCCCUACUGUUCUAUGGUACCGCCUUUGUUGUAAAUUAAAUUCUUU